ACACUGAACAAAACAGAUCGGAAGAGGUCCAGAGAAAAACUCUCCCGUGAGUCCCUCCCUCCCCUUCUUCCUCUCCUUAUCAAGCAAAUCUGCCGGUCUGUUUUUGGCUUCCGUUUAACUCUCUGCCCACUUCACUCUCACCACCACCGCAAUUCCAUCUCUCUCUCCAAAACUCCACCACUCCCCGGCUUUCCCGUGGUUUUGUCCCCAUUCCAGAUCUUUCCCGAUACCAAUCCCAGCUGCUCUGCUCUGUUUUUUUCCCCCCACCUUGUGAACUCCCUCUCUCUUUUUGGUGGUGAUUAUCACGAGAUUCAGCUGCAUUCUCCGUCUUUUGUUUGUUGUUGUUGAUAUAUGUAUGGGUUCCUUUUGUUUCGAUUUUUUCGAUUACCCAGUUUGACUCGGAACCCAAUUGCCUCUUUUUCCCCUCUGUAGAUCGGAUUUCCCUAGAGCGUCGGAAAAGCAGAAGAGAACCACAGAGACAGAGGAGAGCAUAGAAGAGUUCGGUUGGCUUUUUGUUCCCCCGGAAGGUUGGAACAACGAAACCAGAGAUGGCAGCCCCGUUGCCAACCCGGAAUCUGGAGAAGACCACCUCCAUUGACGCUCAGUUGAGGCUGUUGGCUCCCAGGAAGGUCUCUGAGGAUGACAAGCUUGUCGAGUACGACGCUCUCUUGCUUGAUCGAUUUCUCGAUAUCCUCCAGGAUUUGCACGGCGAGGACAUCAGGGAAACGGUCCAAGACUGUUAUGAGCUCUCUGCUGAAUACAUGAGGGAGCGUGAUUCCACCAAAUUGGAAGAGCUUGGGAAGAUGGUGACGAGUUUGGAUCCUGGGGAUUCAAUCGUUGUUACCAAAGCAUUCUCCAACAUGCUUACCCUGGCCAACUUGGCUGAGGAAGUCCAAAUCGCGCACCGAAGAAGAAUCAAGUUGAAGAAGGGAGACUUUGCUGAUGAGAACUCAGCAACCACUGAAUCAGACAUUGAGGAGACUCUCAAGAGGCUGAUCGUGCAGCUCAAGAAGUCCCCUGAAGAAGUUUUCGAUGCUUUGAAGAACCAAACUGUGGAUUUGGUCUUGACUGCUCAUCCUACUCAAUCUGUCCGUAGGUCUUUGCUUCAGAAGCAUGGAAGGAUUCGUAACUGCUUGACUCAGUUGUAUGCCAAAGACAUUACUCCCGAUGACAAGCAGGAGCUUGAUGAAGCCCUACAGAGAGAGAUCCAAGCUGCUUUCCGGACUGAUGAGAUUAGAAGGACUCCUCCUACUCCACAAGAUGAGAUGAGAGCAGGAAUGAGCUACUUCCAUGAGACAAUCUGGAAAGGUGUCCCUAAAUUCUUGCGCCGUAUUGACACUGCUUUGAAGAACCUAGGGAUAAAUGAACGGGUUCCCUACAAUGCCCCUCUCAUUCAAUUCUCAUCUUGGAUGGGCGGUGACCGUGAUGGAAAUCCACGUGUGACUCCUGAAGUUACAAGGGAUGUGUGCUUACUGGCUAGAAUGAUGGCUGCUAAUUUGUAUUUCUCACAAAUUGAGGAUCUCAUGUUUGAGUUGUCCAUGUGGCGCUGCAAUGAAGAGCUUCGCGUUCGUGCAGAGGGACUUCAUUUGAAUUCAAGGAGAGAUGCUAAACACUUCAUAGAAUUCUGGAAACAGAUCCAUCCGAAUGAGCCCUACAGGGUUAUUCUCGGUGACGUGAGGGACAAGCUGUAUAAUACACGGGAACGUUCUCGGCAAUUACUAGCAAGUGGAAUGUCCGAUAUUCCCGAGGAAUCGACUUUCACCAAUGUUGAGCAGUUCCUGGAGCCUCUUGAACUCUGCUACAGGUCACUAUGCGCUUGUGGCGAUCGGCCCAUUGCAGAUGGAAGCCUGCUAGAUUUCUUACGCCAAGUUUCUACUUUCGGACUCUCAAUAGUAAGGCUAGACAUCCGGCAGGAAUCUGACAGACACACAGAUGUGCUUGAUGCCAUCACAAACCACUUGGGAAUUGGGUCUUACCGUGAGUGGUCUGAAGAAAAAAGGCAAGAAUGGCUCCUCUCUGAACUCCGUGGCAAGCGCCCUCUAUUCGGUCCUGAUCUUCCCAAAACUGAAGAAAUUGCUGACGUGCUGGACACCCUACACGUCAUUGCUGAACUUCCUUCUGACAAUUUCGGUGCAUACAUUAUCUCAAUGGCCACAUCUCCGUCUGAUGUGCUCGCUGUUGAGCUCUUGCAACGAGAGUGCCAUGUGAAGCAACCAUUGAGGGUUGUUCCUCUGUUUGAAAAACUUGCUGAUCUCGAAGCUGCACCUGCUGCUGUGGCUCGUCUCUUCUCUAUUGACUGGUACAAGGACCGGAUCAAUGGGAAGCAAGAAGUCAUGAUUGGGUACUCGGACUCGGGGAAGGAUGCCGGGCGUCUCUCUGCUGCUUGGCAAAUGUACAAGGCUCAAGAAGAGCUUGUGAAGGUAUCAAAGCAAUAUGGUGUGAAGCUUACUAUGUUCCACGGCCGAGGUGGGACAGUUGGAAGAGGAGGAGGUCCAACCCAUCUUGCCAUAUUGUCUCAACCACCGGACACCAUUCAUGGGUCGCUCCGUGUCACUGUUCAGGGUGAGGUCAUUGAGCAGUCCUUUGGGGAGGAACACUUGUGUUUCAGGACACUCCAACGUUUUAUAGCUGCCACACUGGAGCAUGGGAUGCACCCACCUGUGUCGCCGAAACCGGAAUGGCGUGCUCUAAUGGACGAAAUGGCUGUUACUGCCACUAAGGAGUAUCGCUCCGUUGUCUUCCAGGAGCCUCGUUUUGUUGAAUAUUUCCGCCUUGCAACACCAGAGUUGGAGUACGGUCGUAUGAACAUUGGAAGUCGGCCAUCAAAGAGGAAGCCAAGUGGAGGAAUCGAAUCACUUCGUGCAAUCCCAUGGAUUUUUGCCUGGACUCAGACGAGGUUUCACUUGCCUGUGUGGCUUGGCUUUGGCGAUGCUUUCAAGCAGGUUAUUACCAAGGAUAUCAAGAACCUCCACAUGCUCCAGGCGAUGUACAAUCAGUGGCCGUUCUUCCGAGUCACAAUUGACUUGGUCGAAAUGGUUUUUGCCAAGGGUGACCCAGAGAUUGCUGCUUUGUAUGACAGGCUCCUUGUGUCUCCUGAAUUGCGUCCAUUUGGUGAUCAGUUGAGAGCUAAGUAUCUUGAAACUAAGGAUUUCCUCCUCCAGAUUGCUGGCCACAAAGACCUGCUGGAAGGAGAUCCUUACCUAAAGCAGAGGCUUCGUCUGCGUGAUGCAUACAUCACGACUCUCAAUGUCUCCCAAGCAUGCACUCUGAAGCGCAUUCGGGACCCUGACUACCAUGUCACCAUAAGGCCACACCUGUCCAAGGAAUACGAUGAUGCUACCAAGCCUGCAGCUGAGCUGGUGAAGCUCAACCCUACGAGCGAGUAUGCUCCUGGCCUGGAAGACACCCUCAUUUUGACCAUGAAGGGUAUUGCUGCUGGCCUGCAGAACACUGGUUAAAACAAGCUUGGAGGUGAAGGCCAAGGCAGCUAACCCUACUACUCGUUUUCCUCUCUUUAUUUUUCUAUAGUUGUCUUUUGUACUAUUUGCGGCAAUAUGAAAGAGAUUCUACUGCUGCAGAAACACUGGCUCAGCGAGUGAGUUGGAGCUCUUAAGUUAUCCUUCUCUCACCCCUUCUGAAAUAAGACUUUCUAGUACUGUUUUUCCCCAUAAAAUGCAGUGUGUGCUGUCCUUUUGUUGUCCUUUCCUUAUUUAUCAAUGGAGAGCAGUUUGGUACCACAAUGAAUAAGAACUCCAAUUGUGUUCCAAGUCUAUAAUAGUCCUACUUUACGCUUUUCUAUCUGGAAUA